GACUUGCAAAGGUGACACUUUCCAGCUGGCAGCAGAGAGGCAGCAUGAAAAGCCCUGUGUGCACUUCAAGGCACAUUAAAUGUCUCCUCAUUUUCAGCCUUUCCCUAGGACUCAUCUUCCUGUCGGGACUCUUCCGCAUGAAGAAUAAAGACUCCAUAUUCUCCAAGAGACACAAGGAGCUGCUGCUACCUUCCAUGCCUUGCCAUGCCAAGACAAAUGUCAUGUUCCUCAAGACCCACAAGACAGCCAGCAGCACCAUCCUGAACAUCAUGUUCAGGUUUGCAGAGAAGUACAACCUCACUGUCGCCCUCCCAGCUGGGCAGCUCCUGCACCUGGGCUACCCACAGACCUUCCUGACCCAGUUUGUGGAGGAGUUUCAAGCUGUAGGACAAAACUACAAUAUCAUGUGCAACCACUUGAGGUUUAACCCCUCUGAGGUGCAAAAGGUGAUGCCGGCAAACACCUUCUACUUCUCCAUCCUGAGGAACCCAAUUCCCUUGCUGGAGUCUUCCUAUGCCUACUACAAGGACGCUGUCCCUGCCUUCUGGUUCUCCAAGGAUGUGAACGAGUACCUGGCAUCACCCAGGAAGUAUUACCACAAGGUGGAUAACAAGCGAAACAUCUAUGCCAGAAACAUCAUGUGGUUUGACUUUGGCUAUGACAACAAUGCUGGGGACAGUAAAAGGUACAUCCAGGCAGUCUUGAAUGAGAUUGAACAGAAUUUCCACCUGAUCUUGAUAGCAGAGUACUUUGAUGAGUCCAUGAUCCUCUUGAAGCAUGCUUUGUGCUGGGAUCUUGAUGAUGUGGUUUACUUCAAGCUCAACUCCAGAAGCCAGGACACUGUCCAGACCUUGACUCCAGAAAGUGAGGAGCAGAUAAAAGUGUGGUGCUCGCUGGACUGGAAGCUCUACCUGCACUUCAACCACACCUUCUGGAGGACAAUUGAGAAGACCAUAGGACUCAAGGAUCUGGAGAAGGAGGUGAAUCACCUGCGAACGAGACAGAAGGAACUUAUGAAGUCCUGUCUCUCAGACCAGGAGGCAGUAGGGAAAGAUCACAUCAAGAACAAAGCUCUCCUGCCUUUCCAGUCAGGGGCAGCAAAUAUCCUUGGGUACAACCUCAGACAAGACUUAGACAACAGGACUUUGAGAACCUGCCAGAAAAUGGUUAUGCCAGAGCUCCAGUACACAUCCUAUCUUUAUUCCAUUCAACACCCACACAAGGAGAGGAAACAGCUAGGCUUGCCCUGGCAGUGGACCAGUUUCCAGGAGAAGAUGCAGCUCUCGACUCCCAACUAA